UUUGUUUAGAAUUGCCAUCACUAUUUCACUUGUAUUUCUGCUGUAUUUUUAUUUUACUUUCUGGCAUUCUAAUCACUCGCCUGCAUUAAUUUCGACUCACAAUCCGCUUCAAAUGGCCUCGCUCAUUCGCGAUACACACCCGCUCACGCUCAAAGUCAUGCGCCUGUCGCGGCCGACGCUUGCCGAUACGCGGCAGCAGCUGGCGGCCGACAGCACAGAGUCGGUGCUGGCGCCGCCGCUGCGCGAUAUCGAGCAGAACUACCCGACACAAAGCGGACUGGUUCUCAGCGACAUGCAUAUAGCCGGGGACACAGCGCUACCAUUGGACGCGCUGCCUUUAACCGAGACGCUGGUUCUGCCGCGCGCGUUCGGCACAAUGUACCUGGGCGAGACAUUUUUGGCGCACCUGUGCAUCUGCAAUGAGAGCUCGUUUGUUGUGCGCGACGUCAGCGUGCAGGUCGCGAUGCAGACGGCGACACAGCAGCUGGCGCUGCUUGGCAGCAGCACUGGUGACGCGGCCAAGCAGCAGCUGGCGACCAGGCAGCCGCUCAAUUUGCAAGUGACGCACGAGAUCAAGGAGCUAGGUGCGCAUGUGCUGGGCUGCUCGAUUGCCUACUUGUCAGCGCAGGGCGAGCGGCGCACGCUGCAAAAGUCGUUCAAGUUUCAGGUGGCCAACCCGUUGGUCGUCAAGACCAAGGUUAACCACCUGGAGCGCGACGUGCUGCUUGAGGUGCAGGUGCAUAACGCGACGCAGGGUGCCAUGGCGCUGGAGCGUCUGCGGUUCGAGCCAGCCGCGCCAUUUUCCGCUGAGGACCUGAGCGCCGGGGUCUUUGGCUCGCGCGCCGGCUUUGUGAAUCCUGGAGAUGUGCGCCAAUACCUAUACCGGCUGCACGUGCCGGCCAAGGGCCCGCUGUCGGUCGAGCAGGAGCGAGCCAUAAGGUACGCGACGGCGAUGGGCAAGCUGGACAUCCUGUGGCGCGGCGCCUUUGGCAGCGUUGGGCGCCUGCAGACGUCACAGCUGCUGCGCAAGUCGCCCGGAAUGUUCCUGCUCGAGACCGACAGCGCGCGUGUCCUGGGCUCAGACUCUAAUGAGGCCGCCAUCGAGGAGCCAUUCGUCGCCUGCGUGCGUGUGCGCAAUGUGUCGGAGCGCCGCAUGGCUGUUUCGCUGUUGUCACCGCGCACAAGCACCCGAUGGUCAUUGCCUGUGGUCCGGUGCAGCACGACCUGGGCAGCCUCGGUGUCGGCGAGGUUGUGGAGCUGAACCUGGAGUUUUUGGCACUGGCGCCCGGGUGCAGCGUGUCGGCGCCCUGGUGCUCGUCGACAGCCUUAGCGGCUACACGCGCGAGAUUGACCAUCUGCUGGAUGUGCUCGU